CUGGAGCUUCGCACCUUCAUCAGGGUCAAAUUUCUUCUGCACAUCAGCGUGGCCUGUUCGGGAAAAUAUCCCAGCUUCCAAAAACACAAACGGAAUUCCAGUCGGGAUCUGAUUCCGGAUUCCUGGAUCCUGGAUUUAUUCCUCUCUGGUCGUUUUCAGUACAAGAACCAUGUAAGCCUUCGAAGUUUGGUUUUUCUGACCCGUCCCGGUGCUGAAUGAGUCCAGCUGGCCGCUGAACCGGACGUGAGGCUGUUUGGGAGCCGGGGCAGCAGAGACGGAAAACCCACUGAGCUCCAGUUUUCCCUCCCGGUUCAGAAUGAACCUGAUCGGGAGCUACCAGCACCACCACCACCUGAUGCACGAACCCUUCCCGUUUGUACAGCGGUGCCACCAGGACGCGCCAUACUUCCAGAGCUGGGUGGUGAACCACGGCGAGGUCCCGCCGGACUUCCAGAUCCAGGCUCCGUAUCCUGCUGCGGGGCUGGGGGCGGCCGGUACAGCGCAUGACAGCCGGCUGGAGGGGCUUCCGACCGGGAUGGGCAAGAGGAGAGCGUCGGGGCCCAAGAAGGAGCGGCGGAGGACGGAGAGCAUCAACACCGCGUUCGCCGAACUGCGGGAGUGCAUCCCGAACGUUCCCGCGGACACCAAGCUGUCCAAGAUCAAAACGUUGCGUCUCGCGACCAGUUACAUCGCCUACCUGAUGGACGUCCUGGCCAAAGACUCCGGGGAGACGGAAGGCUUCAAGGCCGAGAUCAAGAAGUUCGAAACGCGGGACUUGAAAAGGAAGCGGGAGCUGACCGACGGCCUGCAGGACUCUUUAGGCGGGGAGAAGAAGGUGAAGGGCCGGACCGGGUGGCCGCAGCAGGUCUGGGCUCUGGAGCUGAACCAGUGACCCCCUCCCACCCCUCACACACACACACACCCCACCACCACCACGCUCAAAGACUGGAUUAAAAUCUGACCUAAAUCACGCGUUCACGCGCUAAAGACCUAAAAACUAAGGAGAACUCGGACGGGACACACCGGGACGGAACCGGACCCGAACUGCCUGAUAUUUGUGGUAUUUCUGCUUCUUCUUCAUGUUUCCAUCCGGGCCUGUGGGCCAGAUGUGGAACAGGUCACAACAUCUGUCGGCCCCCAAAACAAGACCUCGUUUUAGUUUCCAGAAUGAACCCGAAGGAACCAAAACCCCUGAAAUAAAACCACGCAGAUGUUGCUGUUGUAAAACUUUAAAGAAGAACGGAUCAUUUGGGUGUUCCUAAUCAGCCUGAUUAAAAAACUUUUCCUGAACAGAAGAAAUAUUAUUAUUGGUGUUUUUAUUAGAAACUAAAGGAAAACCCUAUUUUUGUUCGCAGUUUAAUUUGAUUCUUAUGCAGAAACCAAACAGCAAGUUUAACCUUUAUUCCCAACUUUAUUUAACACGUGAACACAACAGCAUCUGGCGGAUCACGUCUGACCCGCAGCUUUUUAUUCUUUAGUCACUUUGAGGCAAAACGCAGGGGGAAACCCCGUUUUUGUUUAUUUUCUGUUCGGAACUUCGGACCAGAAUCAUCAGAACUUUUGUUUCUGCUCCAGCAUGAAAGAGUUUCAUGAAUCUACCUCAAACCCUCAGAGUCACUGAUGUCCGCGCCGCGGAGGAGGAGAUGUUUAUUAUUGUGACAAGUCUUCUUGUGUUAGAUGUGGUUCUAUGGUUCCAGAAAUAAAUAGAUUAUUUUAAGACA